AUGGAAGAUUAUUCUGCUAUCGAUUGCGCUUCUUCACUAUGCAUUCCCAUCCCUGGUCCCGGAGGCAAGACUAAAGCAGCUCUUUGCUCCGAGAUCAAAGCGAUCAUGUUCGAGAAUGGCAUUACCAACCGGAGCAACAGUAGCAUUCGUGACAAGAUCCAGUACUUGCAUGACAAGUUCAGAAAAACCAGUAAUUAUGUCAAUGGAGUAAAGCAAAGGAUGUUGGACGAUCUACACGAAGACGGCCUGUCUGAAGAUGAAGCUAUUAAGGAAUUUGAAAGGAAUGUAAAAUUUAAAUUCCGUUAUUACUAUGAUCUCAAGGGUGUAAUGGGUAGCAGCCCAUUAAUUACAUCUUCAUUCUCAAUGUCUAAUUGCAAUGGCAUUGAGGGUGCUCAGAAGGCACUGAACAACUAUUUGUGGUCCAAAGAGUUUUUUGCACUUUCUCAAAAUCCCCAAAGACCUCCAAAACGUGCUCGAAGAACUGUAGAACCGAGAAUUCUCGAGAUCAUAGAAGAGCCGACCAGAGCGAAUCAUCGAAAUUCUGAUUAUAUGCAACAGAAACUCAAAUAUGAAAAGGAGUUUAAUGAGAGACAGCUGUGUGAACAAAUGAAAAUACACCAGAGUCGGAUGGAUCACCAGAAGGCUGUACACGAUGACAAUAUUCUGAUCGAAAAUAAAAGGUUGGAAAUCGAAGCUAAAAUAGUGGAGAACAAUCUUUUACAGACCAAGAUUCAGUACAUGCAGAAGUUGGAGGAUUCGGGACUAUCCAAAGAGCAGAUCGCAAACCACUUGAGUAAAAUGCUUUAA